AUGACACGGUCGCUUCCAGACCCGAGCUUGGCCACUUUUGAUCCAAAAAUUGAAAGAGCUUUAACUUGUAUAAGGCAAGCUCGGCGCCGGCUAGCUUUCGUGCAUAGUGAAUCGGGCUCUCUUGAGGAUCACUCCCAUUCACUAUCACCACCAAUCCGUGACCAUCAUUCUCCAAUCAACGAGGAGACUCUCUAUUUAUCUAUGGGGAGUACUGAAUUAUCUUUGAGUGACUCAGGUGACAUCGACAUGGCGGAUCCACCGCGAAGGAUCACGUUGAAGGAAGAUGGAGCUCCUGAUCUUGCCUUGCAACCACUUCAUAUUCUAUAUCUGGCCUUGGAUCCGAAUUUUGAGCUUAAGUCUGGCACAAUCAACUUGCUCCCCAAGUACAGUGGGAUGCCUGGGGAAGAUCCUCUGAAGCACCUUAAGGAUUUUCAAGUUGCAUGUGCAACUGCGAGAAGACAUGGAGCAGAUGAAGCCGCGGUAUUGGUCUUCGCUUUCCCUUUCUUUUUGGAGGGAAAAUCAAAGGAGUGGUUUUAUACUCAGCCAGGGAAAGUUAGAUCCAAUUGGGACUUGUUGCGGAAAGAAUUCUUGGAAAAGUUCGACCCUCCUCAGAAAAAAGACAAGCUGCGAAGAGAGAUAUCUUGCAUUGUGCAGCGAGAUGGGGAGACUUUGUAUGGAUAUUGGGAGAGAUUUAAGAAGUUGCUGGAGACUUGCCCUCACCACCGGAUUGAUGAGUUGGUUCUGAUCAGUUAUUUCUGUCAAGGAAUGCACCACCAAGACAAGCUUCUCCUGGAUGUUGCAAAUGGAGGAUCGUUGACCAAAACUAAGACCACAGUAGAAGCAUGGGAAGUUAUAUCAGACCUAUCAGAUUUAACUCAACACUCUAGAGCAAGGAGUUCGCCACCAAAAGCUGUGAGCGGGGUUUCUCCUUCCGGAGAUGCUAUUUUGACUAAGACCCUUGGUGAGAUUACGAUUUUGUUGCGGCAAAUCACCCAAGGGCAACAAAUCCCUCAAACUUUGAUAAAUACUCCACCUCAACCUCCUAGGACCGAAGGACCAUCAAGGAUAUGUGGUGUUUGUACUUGUACUUCUUAUUACACCGAUGAGUACCCUCAAAUCCAAGAGGACACUACAUUGGCAGUUGUUAACCCUUACCUGCAAAAAUCCAAUUACAACCAAGGAUCCUACCCACAAGGAGCUUCAACCUCAAGUAGUUUGCCCUCCCAACCUCAACCCAAUCCUAAAGGAAGCAUAAAUAUCAUUACUCUUAGAAGUGGUACUAAGUUGGAUAAGAAUGUGGCUAUACCUUCAAGGUUGAAUGAGGAGACAAAUAAUGAGGAGGUAGGAGAUAAAGUAGAGAUGAUGAGGAGUGAAGAUGAAAAUGUUGAUAAAAAUGAGGAAGAACCACCGAAGGUCAAGGAGCCAAAGAGAAAGACCUUGCUUGAAGAGCCUUUGCCCAUCCCAUUCUCAACUUUAGCCAAGAAAGCAAAGAAGCAAGAAGAUCUUGACCCCACUGUGGUGGAAGUUUUUGAGAAAGUUAAAGUUACCGUCCCUCUCUUUCAAGCCAUUCAACAAGUGCCGAAAUAUGCCAAGUUCCCCAAGGAUAUUUGCAGUCACAAAGACAAGCUUCGCAACAUCAACAAAAAGCCGAAAGAUGAUUCUAUCUCCUCUUUACUUCCUAAAAAUGCAAUGAUCCCGGCCCAUGUUUGGUUACUUGUUUGA